UGGUGUGCUUUAGCUUUUAGUUUAGGUUCACCCAGAACUAGAGAGAGAGAGAGAAAGUUACGACACUCCAAUAGACUUCUAUGGAAAGAAUGGAAUGCGGAAGUCAUGUGGUUCACGCAGCUUCAAAAAGUUCCAAACAGCCCCGUUGCUGCAUUGACCACAGUUCAUUUUUGGUUUUUCGGAAGGAUUUGCUCUGGCUGACUGAGACCUUCACCUGUACGUCCGUUCAAGUUCUCUUUUACGCGCACCCGACUUUCCUGGGCAGCCUGCUUCUCCUGCUGUCACUAGCCAGGAGGCGGAGGUCCGCGGAGGAGCCGGGCAUGUCCGAACACAUCCAAACCGACCAGCCAACCUUCCCGGUGCGCUGUCAUUAAAGAGGCGUUUCUGCUCUUGAGCGGAUAUGUUCUGGUGAGUGACACUAUGGAUCUAUCUGCUGAAGACUGACCUGCUGUAUUCUUUACUGAACACUGGUGUUCUGUCCAGUCGCCAUACCUUGUCAGACUGUCAUACAACACCGGAUCAGAGUCGGGAUGUCUCUGUCGGUGAAAGUGAUCAGAGACGGUUUGUUGGAGAAGCGCAGCAGCGGACUGCUCCAGCUGUGGAAGAAGAAGCGCUGCGUCCUGACGGAGGAAGGGCUGCGCCUCCACAGCUGUAAGGGUGGCGGCGUCGGGGAUGCCCCGAGCCCGGUGUGGAGCUCCAAAGCCAAGGAGCUUCGCUUCGAGCUCAUGGAAACGGUGGACUGUGUGGAGUACAAGCGGGGGCUGGUGUACUUCACCGUGGUCAUGGCCACGGGCAAGGAAAUAGACUUCCGGUGUCCGCAGGAUGGCACCCUGUGGAACGCCGAGGUGGCUCUGGCGCUCAUGCGUUUCAAGAACCUACGGGCCCUGCAGACGAGCCGGAACCGACAUCUGUACUCAGCACAUCUGGGCAGCACAGGGGAGGAUGAGGAGCUCUAACUCCACCGUUUGCCUGAGAAGAAGGAGAGAAGAGAUCAAGAAGUCUGUGGACUUGUUUCUGGGUUGCUCUGCAUCUAACAUAGAUCAAAAGACAAGAACUUUUUUAAUGUGACCAUGGGGUCAGAUUUAAUGACAGCUGUUUUCUGUCAUGGCUUGGGGUUAACAUGGAAAAUCAACUAUCAAACUUGAAAACAUUUGACCCUCUGUGCCUUGCUGUUUCGACACCAUCUCCUACUUACUUAUCAAAAGCCUUCCUUUAUUUUGACACAGCUGAGAGAAAAGUCACAUGAUUUGUUUAACUAGAUCUGUGGGACUCACUCUAGCUGGAUUAUGAAGAAUGGGUGUUUUGAUCACAUUUGUUUCAUUUACAUUAAAUGUAUUUUUGUCUGAAACCAUAUACAGUAUUAUAAAUAUGAGAGCAUUAAAACGGUUUAAAGAACAAUAUGCAAACCUUUCUA